AUGGUUUUGCGCAAGCUCACCACCCUCUUCUUGCUCGCAAUCCACGCCUCAGCUGCCUCAGCGGCUGCAAUCCCAAUCUCACCCUCAGUCGCACCAGAUAUACAACAAGAAAUUUCAAUCCCAUCCAUCAAAGCCUCGCCAACGAAUCAGGCCGCGUUAUGGGAUUCGUCGGUUCGGGACCCACCAAUUGAUAAGAGAUCACCUUAUUAUUUCCCCGAGACCGUUCAAGACGACCAGGACCUCGAGAAUGAAAUUGCAUUGCGCGAGACAGCUAUGCGCGAAGCAGGCUUCGUUCUCUCCAGCUCCAGGCUUUUGCCAGAAGUCCAAAAGUCGAGCCGUCGUCCAGUUUCGGGCCUGAAUGCUGGAAUUGACGCGGCUUCGGGUGACAGGGCUAGCCCUGCCAGCUACAGGUUCAAAGACUCGGAUUCGAAGCUCGCUGCGCAGGGUGGACUGAUUGAAGAACUUACCAAGGCUGCUUACGAGGCUUCUGAGGAUGAGCGCGUUCUGUUCCCGCCGUUUGGAUUCCUUGUUAUUGCUGCUGCUGUUGUCUGUUUGAUUACUAUCCUGCGAGGUACAAGGAGCAAGAAGUGA